AUGUGGUGGCCCACGCUGCUGGCCCUGCUGGUCCCCGCGGCGGUGGCCCAGCCGCGCCCCGAGCGGGAGCUGGACGCUCAGUGGGACCUGUGGAAGAAAACCUACCGCAAGCAGUACAACGGCCAGGCGGACGAGGUGGCGCGGAGGCUGAUCUGGGAGAAGAACCUCAAGUACAUCAACACCCACAACCUGGAGCACGCGCUGGGCGCCCACACCUUCGAGCUGGCCAUGAACCACCUGGGUGACAUGACCAGCGAGGAGGUGGUGAGGACGAUGACGGGCUUGAAGGUGCCCCGCGGCCGCCCGCGGCACAACGAGACGCUCUACGUCCCCGACUGGACCGAGAGAGCCCCGGCGGCCGUGGACUGGAGGAGGAAAGGCUACGUGACGCCCGUCAAGAACCAGGGCCAGUGCGGCUCGUGCUGGGCUUUCAGCUCGGUGGGCGCGCUGGAGGGGCAGCUGAAGCGGAAGACGGGGAAGCUGCUCCCCCUCAGCCCCCAAAACCUGGUGGAUUGCGUGGCCAACAACGACGGCUGCGGCGGCGGCUACAUGACCAACGCCUUCGAGUACGUCCGGCAGAACCGCGGCAUUGACUCGGAGGAUGCCUACCCUUACAUCGGCCAGGACGAGAGCUGCAUGUACAACCCCACCGGGAAGGCGGCCAAGUGCCGUGGCUACCGGGAAAUCCCCGAAGGGAACGAGAAGGCUUUGAAGAGGGCCGUGGCCAGGAUUGGGCCCGUCUCCGUGGGCAUCGACGCCAGCCUGCCCUCCUUCCAGUUCUACAGCCGGGGCGUGUACUACGACGAGAGCUGCAACGCCGAAAACAUCAACCACGCGGUGCUGGCAGUGGGCUACGGCACGCAGAAGGGCACCAAGCACUGGAUCAUCAAGAACAGCUGGGGCGAGGAGUGGGGCAACAAGGGCUACGUCCUCCUGGCACGCAACAUGAACAACGCCUGCGGCAUCGCCAACCUGGCCAGCUUCCCCAAGAUGUGA